GGCGCCGUUCAUAUAUAUUUGAACCCCACAAAUGGCGGCUCAGUGUAGACACUCCACAAGUGAUAUUUCUUCUCCUCAAAAAACGUCAAGAAAAUUAUAUUCUCAAGAUAAAGAACUAGAAAAUAUUCAAUUAAAGUUCGAACAAAUUGCUAGCUCCAUUUUCAAACUAACUCAAUAUAUUCCGAAAUUGGACGAAAUAGAUGCCACCAUUGAAAAGUUUUCGAUAUUCCACGAGACUUGUACCAGAGCUAUCGCCUUGAAUCUCUCGUGCCAUGAACUGAAUAUGUCUAUUGAAGAUGCUAAUAAUAAUAAUAAUAAUAAUAAUGAAGUUACAACCAAAACGGAGCUGGGUUUCAAGUCUCGGCAUCCAAAGACUAAAUCUAAAACCACAAAUACAACUUUCGAACGAACUUUUCAAGUUAUAUUGGACUCUUUACCGAAGCAGUAUCGCACAAAAAAAGAACACAUUGAGAAACUGGAGAAGAUAGUACGCUGUCUCUAUCUACACAAAGAUAAAUACUUAACAACGCAGGAAAUUUCUAGCAGAAACGAUAUGUCUAGUGUUCAUUCUACGGUUUACUUGAACAUUCUUCACAAUGCCGGCAAGGUAUGUGGUGUUGAUGUCUGUUAUAGCGAGUAUCGUCAUUGACUCAUUCAUACAAGGUGGUGAAGAGUCAUACAGG